AUGGACCAAAUAAAUCAAGAGCCAGGAAAGAAUGAGGAGGAAAACUUUAGAGCUCAUGAUGAUGAUAUAAAUAAUAUUGAUAAGGAAUUUAGUGAUUUACAAAAAUUAAAAAUGAUGAAUGAUGGAGCAGAAAUGCAAAUGAAUCAAACUGGUGCUCCCGAUUCUCAUGAAAUGGAACAAGAAGAAAUAAACAACAGAUCGAUAUUUGUUGGAAAUGUUGAUUAUUCAACCCAACCAGAAGAACUUCAAUCUCUCUUUUCAGAAUGUGGAAUAAUAAAUAGAGUCACAAUUUUAGUAAAUAAAAACACUGGACAUUCAAAAGGGUAUGCAUACAUAGAAUUUGCGGAUCCUUCUUCCGUUCGAACAGCCCUAUCAUUAUCUGAAUCAUUUUUCAAAAAAAGACAAAUUAAAGUUUGCAGUAAAAGAAGAAAUAUCCCAGGAUUUAAUAGACCAAGAAUGGGUGCAUUCAGAGGAAGAGUUAUGAAAUCACCUUUAAGUUCAAGGGGGAGAUUUGGACUUCGACAACCAAGUUUUAGACCAUUUUACAGAGGAAGAGGAACAUAUAAAAAAGUUGUUACCAACCCAUAUGAAAGAGCAUAA